AUGGAUGGUCUCCUCCCCAAGAGCAACGGGUCUCCUGAUGGCAUCUUACAAUCACUCCACGAUGACCAAGGGUCAUGGACACAGCGCCUCAAGGCGCUGCCUCUGUUCGCCAUCCAUCGCGUCCGUCGCCUCACUGUAGGCUUUCUUCUCAAGUGCCUUGGCGUCUUUGGAUUCUUGCUACUGCUCCUGCAUCUCAUGGAACCAAGUCUCGGAGACCAAUACCGCAACGUACUUAGCUGGACCUCCACAGAGGCUGCCGAGGGACCUCACCUGCGACUCGUCGUCUUUGGAUCGCAAGACCUUGUGGGCAGCUCAGGGAGCUCGGAAACUGAGCAUGUGACUUGGCCCGAGAAGCUCUGCAAAGAGUUGGGCUGUGGCUCCCUCUUGUCCUUUGUUCCCAGAGGCGACUCCCAGCCAGGCAUCCUGUCCAACAGCCUCUAUGGCGAUGCACUGCAAUCACUGCAAAAGGUAGCCGAGGACGCGGAUAUCAUCAAGAACCCGGCCGCCGACUUUUUCUUUGUCAGUGAGCAGUAUCCCGUGCCUGCGCAGACGCCUGACAUGGAGCAUCAAAUCACGCAGUUUCUCACGCUGCCUGCCCCUGCGGUGCCACCGCAGGAGACGCUGUGGGUGUUCACGUUCGGCACUUGGGAUAUCUGGAAUUUCGCGGCGCUGCCGCUGGAGUCGGGCCAGGGUCUUGUCGACGCCUCCACUGCUCACCUGUUUGAUCAAAUCGAGGUCCUGCUCAAGGAGUCGCUCGUGCCAGGCUCGAUCGCCUUUUCCGACUUUUGGUCCAAUGCCACCAAGGCCAAGAUCGACGAGCUUACUGCCAAGGGUGCCGCCGAGAAUGUGGACGCGCGCAAGCUCGAGAGCUUCCGGGUCAUCAUCCCGCAGCUCUUUGACAUUUCACUCACGCCAGGCUGGAAUGUCCGCCAGGAGCCGUCCCUGCCACACUCGAUAGCAGAUCAGCUGCGGAACAGCGCAGUGCUGACUGCGCGGUGGAACGACAAUAUCCGACGUGAGAUGGACUCGUGGAUGGCCAAGGGCAGCAUGAGGCCAGCGGGCAUCGAGGACGGCCAGGUCGGAACGAGGCCCUUGGAACCUGCGCCAAUGGAAGGGAGUCCUGAGGAGCAGGCUGGCAACGACUACUUUAAUGAAGCUGAGGAAGAUCCCACAAUAUACGCGCCCUUUCCUCGACGACUAGGCUUCUCAGCCGACAUUGCUGGCGGGAUCCUCGAUGCCAUGACGGAAGGAGAGAUGCACAGGAUGGGUGCGACGGACGCUGUCGGCCGUGGCUCGAUGCCGGCUGAGGACGCGGCGCGCUUCCUCGAUGUCUGGAACCCUUGUGUGUCGAAGGACGGAGAAAAGGCCAGCUGCGACAAACCCGCAGACCAUCUUUUCUACGACUCCUUUACGCUCUCGCAACGGGCAAUUGAUUUGAUGACCAAGAAGACGGCCCAGGGCGUGCUGGAGAAGCUGCUGCUUAAGGAGGAGCUAUGA